UCCUGUCGUUACAUAUUUUGGAGGACAUUACUCUUGAACAGACCAACAAACAAAACUCAAAUGUAAUGUAAGAUUUCUUACAUUAUUAUUACCUUCAUUUUCAUCAAUCAAACUCCAUUUUCUCUCUCCUCUGCUAAAUCUUUCUUCCUCUUCUUCACCGCCAAACCGCCGUUUCUUCUUUCUUUUAGAUCUGAUUUCAUUAUAUUACUAUGGGGAUGGAAGUUAGAGAAGCAUGUACUGACAAAGAACCUGAUGGUGUCAUAAAAUAUACCAGUAGUGCUUCACCUGUUUCAAGUCAUGAGGAUGCAGAAACUCAUCAUAAUGACUUAAAAUCAGUUGAGCAUGACAAUGUGGUCCCUGAAUCCUUUUCCAUGGUUGAAGAUUAUGAUGUAAAGGAAUGUACCACAGAUAAUACAGUUGAGAUUUCUGAAGAUUGUCAGGCUGAAAAAUGUGAAGAUCAGGACUGUCCUAGUAUGACAGAUCACAAUGGCCAUUUGCAGGAAAAGGUUAAAGCUCAAAGCUUGAAAACAAAGGGUGAAAUAAGGGCUAAAGUUUCGCCAAAGAUUGCACCAAAAACUUGUAACACGAAUGGUCGAGCUAACUGCACAAUUCCGCAGCCAUUUGCUUUGGCUACUGAAAAGCGAGCAUCAACUCGCCCUCUGGAACCUGAAACUGAUGCAAAUAAAGUGUCAUCAAAAUCAAAGACUACACAUCCACCCAGCAGUGGCAAGAAAAAUCAGCAUGUUUCAAUCCCCAUAUCAAAGAAGCAGCUGCAACCAGACAACAAAAGGCAUCCUGACGAGGAAGAUUCAAAUUCUGGUGUUUCUGAUGCUGCACCAUCUGCGAGCGCUUAUAGAGCUAAGACAACUGUUGCAUCAGCUCCCGUGUUUAGGUCAUCUGAACGUGCAGAGAAGCGAAGGGAGUAUUAUUCCAAAUUAGAGGAAAAACAUCAAGCGCUGGAGGCAGAGAAACUUCAAAGUGAAGCAAGGACAAAGGAAGAGAUAGAAGCAACUAUAAAGCAAUUGCGGAAGAAUUUAAAGUUCAAGGCCACCCCUAUGCCAAGCUUCUACCACGAUGGACCGCCUCCUAAGCUUGACCUGAAGAAGUUUCAGGCACCUCCAACUCGUCCAAAAUCACCCAAGCUUGGAAGACGUAAGAGUUGCAGUGAUGCCGUUGGCAUACCUCAAGGAGCCAAGGCUAAGAAGAACUCUGACAAGGGAAAUCGCCUUAGUCUUGGCAUGCCAAAGAUAAGUGAUGAUACAUGUGAAGACAAUGAGCAAAUCGAACAAGAACAUGAGUCAGUCAUGAAUGCAGCGAUAUCAUGCUCUAUGAACGGUGAGCAUAAUAUGCAGAUCAUGAGCCACUAAUUCAGAAGGCUAGGGGGUCAAAGUGUUGAAUUUCACUUCCAGUUGACGCUCCUUUUUUCUUAUGUUUACUCUUUUUGCCCUUUGUCCUCUAUCACUCUAUCUUUUGACUUGCCGGGGAAAAUGUACCUACUCAAUCAACUGCAUCUACAUGUGAGGACUCGUUCGAGUGUUUUGUGUGAUGAAAUUUGUAUAUCUUUGUUAACUUAUUUUAUAAUUUAUAAUGAGAGAUUGCAUUAUGCUCUAAUUCA